CAUUUACUGAUGAGAUACUAACAAAAAUUUUCCUAUUCCGUUUUUGUUUUGAUAUUCUCAUUCGUAAACAGUAAACAUGAGCGCUAUGAAUGCAUUUUAAGUAGGAGUAGACACCAUAUAACUAUGUACACAAUAUAUAACAUUGUCCAUAAUCAAUCACUGUCUAUGUCUUCCAAAUAUUCAAAAUUUCAACUAACAAUUUUUAGUCGGAAAUCUUUCCAUAAAGGAACUAUACGUUAUAACGGUUACGCAGUCUAUCGAUCAUCUGUUUCCAUUUUACUUUCGAUAAAGAAAACUGAUUUUUAGUUGAAUUGAAACCGUCGGACGAGUUAGUUGACAUUAUAACUCUAAAAAUAGUUUUAAAAGCAAAAGUGAAUCAAACCGACUAUAUAAACCUUUGUUGCAUGUCGUUUUCGUGCGAUAUAUUUUAUAUUAUUCUGCUGAUUGCAACUUGGAUAUUUUGUUGAUUCAGUUUAGUGUAUAAUCACUGCAGUGUGAUUUACAAUUAAAAUCAGACUAGUAUCUAGUGUGUGCAUUCGAUAUCAAUGCAAAAGUCAAAAUAUUCGGUUCAGAAUCUAACUGUGUAUCGACCUAGAAUAAUUCGAAUAAAUCGUUUAAGCUGCGUGUAGGAGAAUAUCAAAUAAAAACUCAAAAUGAAAGCCCCGAUUAAAAAUGAUCUGGAUGCUCCGCUACCCAUCAAAUUCCUUACUGCUGGAACUGCGGCAUGCAUAGCUGAUUUCGCGACAUUUCCAUUUGACACAGCUAAGGUUCGACUUCAAAUACAGGGAGAAGGUGCCGCUGUCAAAUUGGUCUCGAAUGGUUUAAUCUCAGCAGAAGCGGUACAGUAUCGAGGACUGGUCGGCACCAUGACAACGAUAGCGAGACAGGAAGGUACUCGUGCUUUGUACAAUGGCCUAUCAGCUGGUCUGCAGCGACAGAUGUGCUUCGCCUCGAUACGUAUUGGCUUAUAUGAUGGAACAAAGAGUUUCUAUCAAAAAUUACUGAACGAAUCUCCCGAUGGUAUGAAUAUUCUCACGCGAAUGAUGGCCGGUUUGACUACGGGAGGAUUUGCGGUCAUUUGUGCACAGCCAACAGAUGUUGUGAAAGUUCGUUUUCAAGCACAGAAUAAGAACAGCAGCGGCACCAGAUAUAAAUCCACGAUGCAGGCUUAUCGAACGAUUGGUAGAGAAGAGGGCGUUCGUGGUUUGUGGAAAGGUGCUGUGCCGAAUAUUUUCCGUAAUUCAAUUGUAAAUGUCGCCGAAAUUGUGUGUUAUGACAUUGUGAAGGAUUGUUUCAUGCAAUACUUGCUGAUGAAAGACAACAUCCAGUGUCACUUCAGUUCGGCUGUAGUAGCAGGUUUUUGCGCCACAGUAGUCGCAUCACCGAUAGAUGUCGUGAAAACGCGCUAUAUGAAUUCGCCGAGAGGAAUGUAUACUGGUGCUAUUGAUUGUACAAUAAGAACGGCCAAAAAGGAAGGACCAGCCGCAUUUUAUAAAGGAUUUGUUCCAUCCUUUGCUCGGAUAUCGUUAUGGAAUGUGGCCCUGUGGAUCACAUACGAACAAUUCAAGCAAAUGUUCUACAAACCGGCUCCAGUUUAUUGAUAAUAGUUGAGAGAUAGAGAGUGAGUGAGAGAGAAUGAAAGGGAGUCAAUUUUGGUGUGUUUGUCUUGCCUGUGAGUACUCGAUUUGUGUGUUUCAUUAUUUUUAAGUUUUCUUAGACUCUAAGGCAUAGCCUAACGCCCCCGUAUGUAAUUAUUAUUGUUGUGACUGUACGAAUAUUGUCCAGGAGACAGGUGAUAAAUGAAAGAAAUC